AUGAUGGGUUGGAGCACCGCAAAUAACUUGAAGUCAGGCAUCACCUUCCCAUUCCAACCGAUGCUAAGCUCAUCCGAUUCCCAUCCGUUGCUAUAUUCUUCAAGAGGGUUUCCAGAUAAAGGUGAAUUUGAUCCUCAUGAUUCACUCACCGCUCAAGCUGCUUUGAUGUAUGACGCUGUGUUUGUGCUGGUUGAAGCGUUUAACAAACUGCUACGUAAGAAGCCAGACAUGUUCCGUGCAAACCUUCGUCGCGGCCAGUUAUUCAACGCAACGAGAGGAAUCGAAUGCAACACUAGCAAAGGAUGGACAAUGGAGGUAAGGUGUAGUGGAAUCAGAUGGUUAGGUGGAGGGGAGCAGGCUGUAGGUGCCCCUGACAGGAGAACAAUGGACCAUCCUAAACGAUGGUUCCCCUUGACAAAGGGAAAUGUAUGGUCCCCGUUGUUUGCCAUUCCCCUAAAUACAAAACACUCCUGGCGUAUUCUCGUCUCUUAA